AAAAAUAAAAAAAAUAAAAAAAAUAAAAAAAAUAAAAAAUAAAAUUAAAAAUACUAUUUUUGAACAAAUAAACUAUUUUUUAUAUUUUUUAACUUUAAAAUAUUUCUCUAUACUAUUUUUUUUUUUCUAUUUUCUUUUGUUUAUUAAUAAUGGAUACCAGUUUUAAUUUACAACAGAUUUCAAACAAAAACAUAACUAAUAACUCCAAUAUCCAAACUUUCUAUCCAGAUAUUUCAAGACUCUUAAAUAGUCAAAGAUUUCAUUUGGAUGAAAUAAAUAAAAUAUUAAAAUCAGAUCCCAGUAACAAAAAUUUAUUAGAUAGACAUUUUUCUUUCUUAUCAAAAAUCGAAGAGCAGCAAAAUCAUUAUAUUAUGCAAGCUUCACCAAAUUCAUUUAAUCCAUCAUUACAUACAGCUAAAAAUGUACAGGCUUUAACAACCCCAAAUCUUGAAUAUAAUAAUAUGAAUAAUAAACAAAAAAUUAUCCCCCCAACCACUGAAUCACUAUUACCACCCCAUAUACAACCUAUAAUCUCACCAAACCUCAAAGAAUUAUUUCAAUCAAAUGAUGUUCUUAUUCAACAAAAAAAACAUCAAAAAUCUACCCAACCACAACAAACAAGCAAUGCACCAAAUAAAUUAAAAGGAAAAUUCAAACCAAAAACACCUCCACAAUUUACAUUUUCAAAAAAUUUAGUUCAAUUAAUGGAAAACAACGAGGACAACACCAUACAUUCAACUUUAAAGAGAAGAGGAGAACUUUAUCCAAUGCACCAAGUUAAUAAUUCAAAAAAAAUCAAAACCUCUGAUGAUGGAAAAGAGAAAACUUCCAUUGGUAACAAUAAUAUAAUUUUUGGUGAACUAAAAGAACACUUUGAAAACUUUCUACUUAAAAGCUCAAAUAAAGAAAGUGGAAAACCAUUUUUCACUAGCCCAUGUAAAAGAUUUGUAUUAUUUAAUUGUUAUAUGUAUCCAUUUCCAAAGCAACUAAGUUCUGGUCGUCCACCCAAAUCACCAAUUGUAAUCGUCGAUUUAAAAUAUGAAGAAAAUGAAAAAUUGGAAAUUAAAAUCAGGGUAGAAGAAAGUAAUUUUAACAUCUCCUCAGAUACCACUUGGAAAAUGACCGAACCUGGUAUAUACGAAGUCUACCCCUCUGUAAAAAUUGAUAAUAAUCAUGAAAAAAACUUUCAUAUUGUUUUUCAAGUUAAUAGAAUCAAAAUGAUUUCCUGUCAAUUGUCAAAAGUCUGUGAAAAUCCCAACCAAGACUGUCUUCCCUGUUCCUCUAUUGAAGUCUAUGAACUUGUUACAUGCUUUAAAAUCCCAUCUAUCGAGUUUGUCAACAAUACAAGUAAUUUAUCCAAUCCAGUUAGACCAGAGUUAAAACAAAUAAAGUGCGAUAGCGAUAAAGUUUAUUUCUGGUGUAUUUGUGCAAACGAAUUUAAAAAAGGUAAAAAGAAAGGAAAAAAGGAAGGAUAUCCUCUUUCUGUUGUUUUUAAACCAAUGUCUUACACUGCUGGUUGUGACGUCACUGUAGAUCAAAAUCAAAUAGAUUUUCUAAGUCAAAACGUUAUCUCAUUUUAUGCACCCCUUGGUGGUAAAAAAGGUCUAGUUAUUGGUUUAAAAUACAGUGUUGAAUUCAAAGCAAAUAAAAAAGAAACAAAUGCCCCAAUUACAAUUGAAAUCAAACAAAUUAAAUAGUUGUAAUACUACACAAAUCAUACAUUGUUUUAAUUUAAAUAAAUAUUUUUUGUUUUUAUUUU